UUAAGUCUGGGCGGCAUUUCUACACGCGUUUUUAGGGAGGAAAUGCUAUUCAAUGCAAUGGUUUACUGUCCCGAGUAAACAGAGUUGCGAUGCAGGAUACUUAAAUGAUGUAAGCCUCAAACCCCUUUGAGGUCAACUGGUAACACCACGAUCCUAUGUGUGUUUCCGCGACACGCGAUCACUUCCUCGGCUCCUGCUGCUGCACAAAGGCAAAGCCACGCCCUUCUUUUCCAACACGCUGGCGGGCGGCGCACACACACACCACACCCUUCACAGCGCCGGACUCCGGAGAUCAGUGCCUUGAGGCGGAGUAGCUUAUGUCGUCAUGGCUAAAAAGGAACCGACUGUCAUUGUGGUGGACACCGACAGCCCAGAAGAGAUCUCCAGCCUGUCGGAGGCAGCCCUGCCAUUCAGCUACAGAAGCUCUUCUGAAGUCAUUUCUGUCAGUUCUAUUGGAGAAAUUCCUCCUGCAACUCCCCUAAGACCAAACACAGCUGCAUCACUGGAGAACUAUGGUUUGGAUGUGAUCUCUGUGAGCUCUUCAGAAGGGAAUCUUCCUGCAAACAGAGAAAACAUUAUAUAUGAUGUAAUCCAUGGAGUGAGAACUAUUGAAGAAAUCUGUAUAUGCUGUGGAAAGCUCGAGAUCCACACUCAGCACCCUUUGUUUCAUGGAGGAAUAUGUGCUCCAUGCACAGAACAGUUUUUGGAGCGAUUCUUCCUGUGCGAUCAAGAUGGCUACCAUGGUGAUUGUGCUAUCUGUUGCAGAGCGGAAUCACUUAUAAUGUGUGAUGAUGAAACGUGCAACAGGUGCAUUUGUCCAUCAUGUCUUGACACGCUUAUAAGGCCUGGUGCUGGAAAGGAAACAGAAGAAAAAAAUAUUAAAUGGACUUGUUUACUAUGUGUGCCCUGGGAAAAAAAUGGAGUACUGAAGAGGAGGACAAGGUGGCGUGCAGAACUGAAGCGUUUCUAUGACCAGGAGUCUAACCAUCUUUGGAUAUAUCAGCCACUGGGUCCAUGGGAGCAAAAACCUAUACAUGUGCUCUCCCUCUUCGACAAUAUUACAAAAGAACUGAAGAACUAUGGGUUUCUGGGGAAAGGCAUGGGCAAUGGCAGACUGAAGUAUUUGGAUGAUGUUACAAAUGUGGUAAGGACACAGAUAGAAGAAUUGGGCCCUUUUGAUUUUAUAUUUGGUUCUACUCCUCCAGUAGCAAAGUCCUAUAAUCAUCCUUCUGCCUGGUAUUUCUACCAAUACUAUCGAAUCCUUGAGUAUGGAAGACCCCCAGCAAGAAGUGACAAGCCAUUUUUCUGGCUAUUUAUUGACAAUCUUGUGCUGGAAGAAGAAGAGAGAAAUACAGCUUCUCGCUUCUUUCAGAUGGAAGGUCUGCUCAGAUAUCAGCAACAUGAUGAUGUCGUCCAGAACGCUGUGCAUAUUUGGAGCAAUAUUCCUUCUGUUCAGAGCAAAUACUCUGUUUCACCCUUGUAUGUGGAUUUGUGUCUCCUGGCAAAGAACAUACAGAAAACCAGAAUUUUCUCUCAGCGUCCAGCCACUCUGAUUAAAGAAUUUUUUGUUCCCUUGAAAGAGUAUUUUAGGACUUUUUCAUAAGACAAACCUACCAUUCAAGGCCAAACUGAAAGUAAGGUUGCUGUCUUUUCAGUCUGCCACUGUAACUGUGCAUUUAACAGUAAUCUGAUGUGCAGGUUAUGAGAUUAUCUCCAUGCUGAGAAAAAAACACCUUUCCCUGCCAUGUAUGUAUGCAUAUCA